GCAAACCGAUUAGUGGUCUUUCUAGUCUGUUGAGGCUCAUUUGAAAUCUCGAGUCUCAUUAGAGGACUGUAAGUAUUUGAGUAUGCUCUGCUCAUGCGCUUCGAGCGAUCUUGAGUAACAGAAAAAAUAAUUGCUAUCAGUAAUCUUUUGACCAUCAACUUCUGCAGCUGUUUCGUCUAGUGGUCAUUCUAGUCUACUCAUGCGCUUCGUGCGAUCUUGAGUAACAGAAAAAAUAUUUGUUAUCACUAUUGUAAUAUUGUGGUUUUUAAUCAUUCAGCUAUCACCCUUUAGCGAUAUUUGGUCCAUCCCGAGCCAUUCCAAGUCUGUUUGUUAAAGUACUGUCCAUUCAUGCUGCAAUUUUCUUCUAGCAAUUGUACUGUGUUGUGUCUCUGCGUAAUCUCAUUAUAGUCUGCCCAUUCUCUAUGUCGGAUCUCAAUCCAACUGAAAGAGAAGCCAUGACAGAGAAGUCAUCUGUCCCGGCAGAGCAAGAGACGUCCCCAAUGCCUGCGUCUGUCGACACUUUGUCACUAGAGCAUGCUCAAAGUGAAGGUGUAGGUGCGAAUGAAAGCACCGUUGUGCAACCGCUUUCUCAUAAUCUGUUUUGGGUGAUGUGCAUUCUCUCUGACAAGCAAGAUUACAGCUUUGUUGAAAAGAUUCAGCUUCGACAAGAUGAGGUUCUGAGACUCUGUAAUAAGCUUGUGCCCUCUGCUGCCUCGGCUUCCUCAGAUGAUUCCCCGCGGGUUCGUAUCAAUUUCAAUUCGCUCAAUCAACUAUGCUUAUCUGCUGUCGGGUACUAUGGAGAUAAGGACAUCAUCAUACGCACUUUCCGCAAGGAAAGUCUUGUAGAUGAUUCGGUUCUUGCUAGGAUGGAAGGAGGACUAUUAGAACCGGGAUUCUACGUCAGUCUUCCUGAUAAGGGAAAUAGAGCUGUAGUUUUUUACUGGCAUGAAGGUGAGGAAUUGAAGAAAGCUUCUGGAAAGGAUUUUUCUUGCAAUUUUAUCAGAUACCUGGUUGAACUAUGUGAUACCGUACAUGUGUGUGUUAAAGAGAGCUAUCGCUUUGAAGCUCUGGCUGCCUCUGCAACCAGCACCAGCGCAAAAGCUAAGCGCACCAAAAGGAUUGAAGUUUCUAGUGUGAAGAAUUCGGAGAAUGAUGUGGAGCUCAUGCCUGGUUAUAAUGUAAGAAUUGACGGAGGAGCGUAUAGUGAGAAUGAUGUGGAGCUCUUGCCUGGUAAUAAUGUUCAAAUUGCAAAUAAUUGUAAUGGAACAGCAAUAAUCUGCGAAGGGUAUCACCACUGUUGUUUCCUGACAACAGAGAAGAGCGUUCCGAGGAAGUCUACAAAAACAGAAGAGGAGACUGUCAAAGCUUCUGAGUUUUGCAAUAGGCUUAAAAGCUGGUUGUCGGGGUUUAAUGUUGUUUACUCCAGACUGAGUAAUGAGCAAUUCGUCGAACUCCUGAAAAAUUGUCAGCCCCAAGAUUUUCAGAUCUACACUAAGUUUAAGGAAUCUAUUGAUACGAGAGAGUCCGCCAUAAACACUACACAAUUUGAGAAGUUUGAGAGAUGCUUUCUCAAGGUUAUUUCAGAAUUCUGCCCGCACGUUCACCUUUUUGUGGGUGGCGAAAGUAGUGAAACAAAUCUGGAGUCAAAUUCACGCUCUGACGCAGGCAGACUUGAGCAGUUGUAUCGAGAACUUUCAGCUAUUUUAACAGGAGAGGAUGGGACGUUGUUGCCGCUGGGAUCUGACAUUGAGUUCAUAUCUAGUAACGGUGCGGGUGAACAUGUGGUUACUGUUGAAGGUUUGGGCCAAGGAAAGGAGACAACGCCUUUUAUCUCUUAUGGACAAGAAGUACAUGCCAGAUGCUCCAGUAAGUGUGGCUGCUCCUCAAAGAUCGAUGCAAAGGUGACGAUUCAACAACUUGAAAACGGCACGAAGGACUUCCCACUGUCAGGUGAUAAAAUUGUAUUUACUCCCGUUACUGCUAAAUCAGGUUCUAAGAAUGAAAUUAAAGGGCAGGUUAAUCUUGCGAGUGGCUUUUUUUCUACAAUCCGUAGUUGGGUAGCGAGCAUGGUUCCUACUGAAUUGAGAACCCUCGAAAUAAAUAUAAUUUUCGCUGCCUUCUUGUUGGCUUCUGACGACCCUCUAGCUCAAAGCUUUAUGCAAAACCAUUUGAGAAACCAAAACAUACAAAUUCUGCUACCCAAUUUCCAAGUUGCGUUUGAGAAAUUCUUAAGUGUCCACUGCGCUAGGUCCACAUAUCCAGAGGCCCUCUUAUCUAGUGAGACUGUCAAAGCCGUGUGUGGUCAAGUCUAUAAAGAAAACAUAAAGGAGUUGUGGACUCGUUUGUUUAGGAAGGGGGGAAGUUUUGUCAACAGUCGACUCAGAGAAGUGGAGGAGGAGUUUGUACAGCAAUUGAAGGAGAAGAUGUCAGUGUUAAAGAAGGACUACUUAGUAACCAGGUUUAUUGAGGAAGUUACUGUUGAAAAUCAGAAACGUUCAUCUUGGUUUCCGUGGAGUUCGCAAGCGGAACUGAAGGUGAAAGUUACAGUAGAAGAAAACCUGUUCAACAUUGCUUAUAAAGUAUGUGAACUGACUCCAAUGGAGAAAGAUAUAUCUGAGGUUAAUAGCAACUCUGGGAAUCCAAUUGUCCUGACAUAUGGAGAACCAUUAGAGUUGACAACCAUUAAUCCUCAGAAUGAAAAAUUAUAUAAAGUUGUCGUCCUCAAGUCCAGAGAGCUGAUUGUUUUUGUUCACAGUUUAAGAGAUUCCUCUUUGUAUCUGUAUCAUUGUCCCAAGAUUGGUGUCAGCAUAAAUAAGAUUCAUGCAUUUAAGAGAGGAUUCGAGUUGGUGGCUGUCGAUGAAGCUACCAGAUCUAUUGCUCUAUAUGAAAAAGAGAAGUCAAAGAUUUUAAUAUAUAAGUUUGAUGAGUGUUUUAGCAAGGUCUAUUGGAGUGGAAUUGAGCUCAAUCUGGAAACAUUUUGUGGGAGCAAGAUCAUUGUAUGGAUGCAUUUAAUUCCAGGGAAAAUGGAGCUGCUCUUGGUUGAUGAUACCAACCAAGCAAGGGUGGCUGAAAUCCAUGAGAAGCCGAUGAUGAAGGCAAAGCAUGUUUCUCUUUCUUUGCAGAAGCAUUUUUUCAGAGCAUGUGUCUCCGAUGAUGGCCGUUUCUUUAUCGUUUUCAGGCAGCUGCAACGUCAGAGUGAAGAUAUUGAUGUUGCGGGUGCAAGACAGGUAAAUACUGAAAACAUACUCGAAGUUGAUAUUUAUGUUUUGGGUGAUACCAUGACCUACUUGAAAACAAUCCCUUUGAAUGCAAGAGGAUGCAGAAUUUCUGAUUUCCAACAAUUUGGGGUGAAAUUUAUGUGCUUCGGAUUACAAACUCUGGUUUUGCUAUAUAGCCCUGUAGAUUCUCCUGGUAUUAUCUUUUCCCAUGUUCUGAAAUGUUCUUUAGGCCAGAUUAAAGGUUCUGAAGAUGAAACAGAAAUUGAUGUGUCGUGCCCGUAUCUGGGUUACAUAUUUCACAUUUUUGACAAGUUUGCAACAGCACCUAAGUUGUUUCCAGAUGCUAUGAAGCGUAUAACAUUCAAAGUGGUACUGGGAAGUAGCAGUUCCGAUCGCUACAACAGUGAGGCAUGUCUCAAGUAUUCAAAAGCACUUAUCAAAGAGCUCCAGGUUAGUAAAGAAAAAGAUUUUUCGAGCACGGAGAUUCAAUUUGAAGUGAAUAAUGUAGAAAAUUGCCGAAUUCAAGCUGCAGCAGUGGAGCAGACAAAGGUGAAAAUGGGAACGUGGAUUCGAAAGCUUGUUUGCCUUGUUCCCAUCCAAGUAGCUCGUGUAGAAAACAAUGCAAUGUUAGUUCUCAAGGAUGGUCUUCAACUCCCUGAUGUUAGCUACGUGGAAAGUGUAUCACUCUCUAACUCUAUAUGCUUCGGGUUCUAUGAUACUGUUCUUAGCAGUUGGAAGGACAAGGUCAAGGUCAUAUCUUCCAUUGGAAAGCAGAGUAGCGGAAAGUCAUAUUUGUUGAAUCAUCUGUCAGGGUCUCUUCUUGAUGUUGGAGGUGGCAGGUGCACAGAUGGAGUGUGGAUGACCAUUGUAACGGGCGAAUAUGGAGAUCGCAGUUGCUUGUAUGUGCUAUUAGACUUCGAGGGGCUUGGCAGUUUUGAGAGAAGCGAACAAGAGGAUAUGCUUCUCGCUGUUCUUAAUGCUGCUGUGACCAACAUCACAAUAUUCAACAAGAAGGGAUUUCGUUUAGAUAAGGACACAGAAUCUGCUUUCAGCCAGUUCCAGAGUGGGUUUAAUUUGCUGAAGCAGGACAAAAAGUCAUUUAAAGGUCUAUUCUACAUUGCCAUCAAGGAUGUGGACAAAAGUGAUGUAGAAGAUCAUAUCCAAGAAUUUUGUGAGAAGAUAUCUCAAAUAUGCAUCAAGUCGACAGAAAAAUUCAGUUCAAAAAUGUAUGAUGUCAAGGUCGAGAUUGCUGCUAUGGCUCCUUAUAAUAGAUCUGAGUAUUAUAGAGAAAGCUUGAGUGAGCUAGCAGAAACGGUGGCAGAAAGAGUCGAUUUUUGCUAUGAUAGUGGAUUCACCUUCUUGAGGGAUCUGAAGCUUAUUAUAGCUCAAAUUGCAUCCAAAGACAGGAUUUCUAUUCACAGCAAGCGGGCUUCUGAAAAAGUUGAUAUUUUGAGGAGAAAUCUUCUAUCUGCGGUCCAAUUGGGAUCUCUUCCUGGGACAAAUGUGAAUGAAGAAAUUCGGGUCUUGCAUAAUUUCGACACAAAGAAAGAAAUUCCUGAUUUUCCUGUUGUUGUAGGCGAUAUAUCGUGGAGCAUAAAAGAUUCGGGACUCUGUCUCUCAAAGGGUUUAGAAUCAGCAAGUCAUGUUACUGUAAGGGACGUUUUAUCCCAAAUCAGGUCAAGACUGGAGAUUGUUUUACCCAGGAAUGGUAGAAGCGGCAACGAGUGGUUUUCUUUAUUCCAGAAGUUCCUGGUGAUCCUGGCUGACAGAAGACGUUACAGAGUUCAAGAGUGGAUAAGUUCAAACACCACGGAUAUUUGUGAUACUGAUGAAGUGAAAAGUUUGAAGCUAGAGGCCAAUGUAGCUCUUGACAAAGUAAAGAAAGGCUUAUCAGUUUGUGGAUGCAAAUGUUCUGACUGCUUCUGGAGGUGUGUGAUGGAUAAAGGCCAUGGUGAUCAACAUUCUUGCAUGGGGAGUCAUUCGUGUACAGAAAAUUGCAGCUAUUGCUCUCGAGAGGGAAAUGUCUUAAGGUCAUGCAGGGGUUUGGCAGGGCAUGAAGGAGCUCACGACUGCAAAGAGAAAAAUCAUACCUGCAGUGAGAUGGAUUCUGGGGACCACGGCCAGCUCAAAGGCAAGAAUAAAAAUGCUCUGGACAUUGAAUCCACCUAUAAAAAGCAUCAGUGCCAAAGGAGUUCUUUCGAGUAUGAAGCUGGGUCGGAGCAAUGCUUUGACAGCACAUGCCAAUCUUCCGAUUACUUCUUGCGGCGCCAUAUAGAUCAGUCAGGCUUGCACGAUACAGUGCAUAGCAAUGUGAGAAAUGCAGGAUUCAUUCCAGCGGGCAAAGAUAUUAAUAUUCAAGAUAGCAAGCAUAAAUGGGGAGAGAUAGUGGUGCCAAAUAUGUACUGCAAGAAACAGGGUGGAGGGUAUAACCAUCUGGUUCCUUGUCCGGGGUUCAGCAAAUUCACCGGCAAACUCUACGAUGGUUCGAGGCACAAAACUGUUCCACAAGAGGUGAUGACUCAUGAGUCUUUCUGGCAAUAUGUUAGCAGUGAAGAGUUUGACUAUUGUAAAUCGGAGGAGCUUGACACAAAGUCAGGUCUUCCUGCUAUAACAUAUUGCACUGAAACAGGACAGAAUCUGAACUCUGCAGGGUAUAUUACUGAUGAUAGCCAUCAUUUUGGUUGUGAUCAGUCUAAGAAUGUCCCUCACCAUGUCAUAUUUGUCAUUGACAAAUCAGGUUCGAUGGGUUUCUCAGACAGUACACCCAGCAUGAUAAAGUUCGAUACACAUAAAUGUAGGCUUGGAUGCGUCUACGAGGAUAUUCUAUGGUUUAUACGGCUCCGCCUUAAAACAGUUUCUGAUGAUUCUGUGUCUGUCGUUCUGUUUGAUGAGAGCGCAACUGUAGCAAUAGAGAUGGAGGAUAUGAAAGAAAGUAUUGUCGAUCACCUUCUUCAGCGGAAGCCUGGUGGAGGAGCUAUCUACUCAUCAGGGUUGGAUGCUGUAGAGAAAAUAUUAAUAAAAGGAUCCCAGCAACCCUCUGUCAACGUGAAAAUGCCAGUUGUUAUCUUCCUUAGCGAUGGGGCAAACAAUGGUGGGGAGAAUCCCCUGUAUUGUGUGGACAAAAUGAAAAGAGCAGAGCCUAGAUUGAUGCUUCACACAAUUAAGUUUGGAAUGGAUCCGACAACUGAUACGCUGAUUGAAAUGGCAAAGAAAGGAGGCGGAACAUUUGGUAAAAAAUUAAAUGAGAAUCUGUUAGCCCGUGGCUCUUAGAAUCUGGGAAAUAGUCUCAACCCCAAGAUGCAGAGGUUAUGUAAGGCAUCCCCUGCCUGCUAUACUUUUUAAUAUUUGUUUUAGGUAUCAUAUGUAAUCAUCAGAUCAUUUUGUGCUCGUUAUAUUUUUUGAAUUCUGAUGUUUCAAUAGGCCCAGUAUGCAGCCUAGCUACUUCGGAAACUAAGUUGUGUAUGUCUUUGGGCUCUGUAGGUUGCUUAUAUGUCCAUUAAUCAUCUUUUGUGUAGAGCACUGAAAUGCGAUAUUUUGUGGAGUGUAUAUAUAUGCACACUCAUACUAGAAGUUUUUUCUUGUUCUGUAGGUUGCUUAUAUGUCCAUUAAUCAUCUUUUGUGUAGAGCACUGAAAUGCGAUAUUUUGUGGAGUGUAUAUAUAUGCACACUCAUACUAGAAGUUUUUUCUUGUUAAGAGUUAUUUUUUUUGGGACUGA